UUCUGCCUCUGCUGUCACACUUCCCACAGCAUUUUAUUCACACCUUUAUUACUGAGCUUACUAUGACCUAGUAGAAUGUGUCUACAUGUCUCCAUCACCAGACCUGGCUCACUUUCUGGAAGAACAUUGCAGAACAUAGCCCUUGUCUACCCUCCCAUCUCUACCACAAGUACCUAGUUUUCUUUUACAUAUAUCUUUUUUGAGAGAGACAGGUGGGGUGGAGGAGGUAGUGUUUAGCUCUGUAAUAUGGAUGACAAUGCUAGGAACUGACAGAUUUCUUUCUGAACUUGCAGUUUUCCAGUUCUAUCUAGUUAUAAAUACACACACACACACACACACACACACACACACACACACACACACCCCUUUCUAGAUGGCAAAGAACUGACUUGGAAAGAAAGUGAAUCUUACAUUUACUGCUGCAAAGAGAGCUGUUAUAUUAGGCAAAUCUAUAUUUAAUUUUACAUAGUAAGAAAUUAAACUUUAUUCUUUGGUGCUAUGUUUUAUUAUUUUUUGGGGGGAGGGAGAUGUUACCUCUAACAAGUGGUAUUACCCAUCCUGAACAGUAUGAUCUUUAAGAUAAGGAUACCUGCCUUGGUAGUAGCCUUAUUCUUCGCCUUUCUCCUCUAGUCCUUUUUAAUGCCACUCUGUUUUUGUUAUCCUCUGGUCAUCAUGCUCCUGGAGAACCAACUUCAUGCCUUCAAUUAAGUUGUAGAGUUCUGAUGUAUAGACUACUUGGAGCUGAUGUGGAAAUUGCCAAGCAAUAUGUGACUAUCAAGAUCAUGUUGGAAGAUUUGGGAAUGGAUGAUGAAGGAGAUGAUGAUCCAAUUCCCCUACCAAACGUUAAUGCAGCAAUAUUAAAAAAGGUUAUUCAGUGUUGCACCCACCACAAGGAUGACACUCCUCCUCCUGAGGAUGAUGAGAAUAAAGAGAAGCAAACAGAUGAUAUCCCUGUUUGGGACCAAGAAUUCCUGAAAGUUGACCAAGGAACAUCUUUUGAACUUAUUCUGGCUGCAAAUUACUUAGACAUCAAAGGUCUGCUUGAUGUUACAUGCAAGUCUGUUGCCAGUAUUGUUGAGGGAGAGAAGGACCACCCAGAAACAGGAGUGGUUGCAGGUGUAGGUGGGUCCUUUGGCUUUAAAGGAGUUGAACCUUUGGGGGCAUACUCUCUCUCUCCUGGGACCACCAUGUGACCAUAAAGCCUGUAAGUGAAUCCUCUUCUCUUUUUCUAUCUCCUCUCUUUCUCUAACAUGUUUUGUUUUCAAUAAAAGUUUAAUUUACCUGAUAA